CCACUCCGCCCCCGCUUUGUGGCCCCCAGGAGCUGCCGCCGUCGCCGGAGACCGGCGCUUGAGGGUGGGGAGAAGACGGGGGGAGGGGGGUGACGCUGGCCGGUGAGGCUCCUUCCCGACACGGCGGCGAUGUCCGCGAGCCCGGAGCGUGCCGCGGCGGCAGCGGCGGGGCCUCAUGCGCAGCGCGGCACCCUGGCCUUCGGCCUCCCUCCGGCUCCCGUAGAGCGGGCCGGUGGCAAGAGCAGUAGCUGCCGAGGCCGUGGAGUCUCUGGCUUGUCUUCCUCCUUUUCUUCCUCCUUCCCCUUGGCCGUCGGGUACUGAGCCGGGGGAGGGGAGGCGGCCUGAGUGGCCGGGGCGGGGGCUGCUGCUUUGAGGAUGGGAAUUCUCUUCACCAGGAUAUGGAGACUGUUCAAUCACCAGGAGCACAAAGUUAUCAUUGUUGGUCUGGAUAAUGCAGGGAAAACCACCAUUCUUUACCAAUUGUAUAUGAAUGAAGUUGUACACACAUCUCCUACUAUAGGAAGUAAUGUAGAAGAAAUAGUAGUUAAUAAUACACGUUUCCUGAUGUGGGAUAUUGGUGGUCAAGAAUCUCUUCGUUCUUCGUGGAAUACUUACUAUACUAACACUGAGUUUGUCAUUGUUGUUGUGGACAGUACAGACCGAGAGAGGAUUUCUGUAACUAGAGAAGAACUCUAUAAAAUGUUAGCACAUGAAGAUCUAAGGAAAGCUGGAUUGCUGAUUUUUGCUAACAAACAAGAUGUUAAAGAAUGCAUGACUGUAGCUGAAAUUUCCCAGUUUUUGAAGUUAACUUCAAUUAAAGAUCACCAGUGGCAUAUCCAGGCAUGCUGUGCUCUCACUGGUGAGGGAUUGUGCCAAGGACUUGAAUGGAUGAUGUCACGACUUAAGAUUAGAUGAUCUCUACUGACCUCUGUUUGUAGACUUUGCAUAAAUGAAGUGCUGGACUAUAAUUAACCUGAAAGCUGCAAAAAUUAAUGGGUUAGAUAUAUUUAUAAUAAACUGACAAAACUUUUUCUAUAAGAAACAAAUUAAGACCACUUCUUUGAAAAGAAAGAUGGAGUCCCACGUUCCAGUUUGCUUUCAUAUAAAUUUCUUCUGAAGUUAGGUCUUAAAGCUGUGAUUGACAUUUCUGUCAUGAUGAAUCCUCUCAGGACAUUGUGUAGUCUGUGGUAAGUAUAAAGGGAGAGGAAGACAUUUUUAACUACAAGAGCUUUAUUAUCAGUAUAACCCUCCCUAAAUUGAAUGUUGUCUUUUCGUUUGAUUAAGUCAAAAAAACAAAUCAAUGGCACAAGUAUUCAAUUUCCACUAUUUUUAAAAUGUAAUGUUACAUAUGAGAAAGAUGUUUUGCAUCAGUUUGUAUAUGUAUUGUGUGUAUACUUCCAAUUUAGGUUAAUGGCUUUGAUUUAUAUACUAGAGAAAGGUAAAUAAUAUACCUAACCUAAAUGAAUAAUAUAGUUACUUAUACCUAAAAUGAAACCAGUACAUAGAUGUUGACAUGUCACUUAUACUUUGUCUUCAUGUUCUCUGUAUUGUAUUAACCUACCCAGAAAAAUUUUGCACUGCUUCUUUAAAAAAAGAAAAGAAAGCUGAAAGUGUCUAAAUUUAGGGUUUUGGAGUGGAAGGGGGGUCAGAUGAUUUCCUAAACACACACAAAAAGAUAUGGUACACUGGAGUGGAAUUCUUAUGUAGUAGUUGAUUUAAUAUUACCAACUGCCACUAAUUUAUUUCCAGAAUGUUCUUUUAUUAUUUUUUUUAAAAGGACUUAUUGCCUAUUUAAGUAAGUAAUCUUAUACUUUAAAUUAUGAGAAUAUAAUUUAGGAAGUGAAUUUUCAGAGCCAAUUAUGAGGGAAAAAAAUGAGAAAUACGUCUAUCAAAUGGUGUGACCCUUCAAAAAUUCUGAAGUAUUGGGUUUUAAUUAGAAUCACUGUACAUACCUUAAAUUAUAUGACAACUAUUAAAUAAAUUUGACAUCUUCAAGAGUAAAGCAUACUAUCCUAGUCACUGAAAUGUGGAGGUUCUGCCAUUGGUUUGUAAUGGUCUGCUAUGGAAGGCAAGAAGUUGUUUUUACUUUUUUUAAGUUUUAAAACAUCAGUAUUUUGAGAACAGUUAAAAUUAUAACUAAGAGAUUUAUUCCCACUUAAUAUAUUGCUUAAUAACUAGGUAACUAGUUCUGAAUUUUUCUGAAUGUUUAUUAUGAUUUCAAAAUGGUUUUGCAUGGUGACUUUUGAAGUAAUCUAUAUUAAACUUUAUUGCCAUUUAUAAUACUGUUGCUCAGAGUGCUAUAAAUGUUGAAUUGAUAUUUUUAAAAAGAUUUGUUAAAAGUCAAAACAUAAGCCUCUGACAUAACCAUGAACAACUAUUAUACUAAUAUUAUUAUUAUUUAAAAAUCCCUGCAUAUUAUAUUGGUUUAACUUUAAAAUCCCAACUAUUUCAAAACAAUAUAAUCCAAAUUGUACAAGAAAUAAUUUUAAAACAAUGUGAAUCUUUUCAAAAUUAAUGGAAUUAUAGGGAGAAAUAAAUGUACAUAUCAUAAAUAGUAAUACGGAUUUAAAGAUCAUUACUACCAAAAUAUGUUAUAAAAAUAAUAAAAUUUUAACUAAGCCAGAAGCAUGUGGUUUGGUAGAUCACUUCAGUGUUUAACAUUAAGAACAUUGUGUUUUAUGUUUUUAUAACCAUUAUACAUUUUCAGGCUUAAAAUGGCAGCAUGACAGUUUUAAUUAUAUAAAGGUCAAUAUGCUUUUGAAGAUGGGCUAUCGAUUAUAGACCUUUAUUGAGUCAAGCUUAAUUGAUUCUCAAACUCUAGAUACUUUCAAACUUUUUCCCGUCAUCUGUAAGGAAAAAGAAGUUAUAGUUAUUUAUCUAAUGCAGAUGGUAUUUUAGACCAAAUUUUCGGAAAUUGUAGCUGAGAGUUUUUUUAAAGUAGGGCCACACAGCAUCUUUCUAGUUCUUUCUUUGACUUUUUUUUUUUUAUUUUGGUCCCUCUAAUGGCUUCCUCCAAGUCAUAUUGAUGACAGUAUACUCUCUUCCUAAUGUUUUAUUUUCCAAAUUUAUUGUAUAUUGUUAAAUACACAAUUUAAAUAAAAAUAUAUUUUAAAUAUACUUGGUCUUACCAAGUUGGAAAAGUUUUGUGUUGUGCUCAGUGAUGAAGUAUAUUUUUAUUGCUUGAGGACUAGUCUAGCUAAAUUUGGAGAGAUUUUUUUCAACCACAGGAACUCUAGAAGAAAAACUGUAAUCCACAUCAGGGAAGGAAUCCAUAUUGAUGAAAUCAUGAAAGUUUAAAAGAAGGAUAUUUUAAAUUAGAUUUUAAAACCAUGUAUCAAAGCGGUAGUUUGAAUAGUUUCCCCAGGCUGCUGUUAGAGUGACAUGAGAACACAAUAGGAUGUGUUGCACUUAGAAAAGAAAUUUUUUUCCUUUGAAACGCAUGAAAGUUCUUGUGGUUGUGCAGGUUUGUUAGGAGGAAAAGUUUUCAGACUCACUGGUGAAGAUUGAAAGUUCAUCUUUAUAGUCCUUCAGUUUGAAGUAGUUCAUUUUAAUUCUCAGAAAAAAUGAAGGCUCACAGAUAUUGAUAGUGAUUAUUCAUCAUUCUUUUUACAUUAGGUGGGUUAAAGCAAGUUAUGUUUUUGUUUAUUAUGCAACUUUUUUAAAAAUGAAAAACAAUCUUAAUUUAGGAGACAUGACUUUUCUCUGAAAAGGAGCAUUGCAUUUUCCUGGUCUUUAUAAAAUAAGCAUAAAAUAAAUGAAGUCUAAGAGAAAGUUAUUUACUUUAAUGGAAUUCUUAACUAUAGCAUUGUGUGCUAUUUACUUCUGCACAUUAUGAACAAUUUCAUUUAUACAAAAACCAAAAAUAUUUCAAAAAUAACUUUCACUCUGUAACUUCCCCAAAGAAUUAAUGGUUUCAUUUUAAAACUUAAGAUUCUAUUGAUUAAAACUUAGUCUUUCCUGUUAAAUCUUAAUUUAACAGAAUUAAGCUACAGCAACACAUAUUGGAUAAAGAGGUGGGCUUCAGAGGGUCAUACUAUCAAUAUAUGUCAGAUUUGAAUUUAGAGCUUCCUGAUUCUAAAACUAUAAAUUUCAGAAGAGUUGCUGUCAGCAUUGGCAGGGGGGAUUUCCAAUACUAGGAAUUUUCUACCAAUUAAAUCACAGUUCCAGACUCAAAAAGUCCAAACUUGAAAUGUCAUGCAAUAUAUAUAAUAUAUAUGAUCAAAGGAUUAAGUCCCAUAAUGUAUUGAAAGCUUGUAAUGUUUUUGGGAGACAGUAUUCACAGUUUGUGUUCAAGAAGUGCCUAAAAUUAAUUUGCAAUGACUAUUAAGUUCAUCUAAUAAAUGUCUGUCUUACAUAGUAUUGUAUAUAUUAUAUAACUCCCAGUUUUUUUAAAGUAAUUAUCUCCUUUACUAAAAGAGGACUACAAAAACUUUUGAGAUAAAGGAGUCCGGUGGAGCCUAUAACAGAAUUAGCCAUGUUAGGUAUGUAGUUAACUGAUAAUUGUCCUAAUGAGAUCUGAUCUUUAGUAAUUGAAUUCUUAUAUUUAAAUAGCUUUAAGUCUACAGUAAUUUCACCAUAGCUGAUUCCCCAUUAUGUGAAUUUUUUUUUUGAAACGUAUUUGAAGAUGUGGCUAUUCUCAGUAUUUGGUAAUCUUCAUUGAACUUUAUGCAUUUUUUGAGCCUUUUUUUUUUUAAAUGCUAAUACCCCGUUUCCCUUUCUUUAAAAGUUUACUUGGAAAUCUAAGUUCUUUGAUAGAUUGGGCUUAUUGUCCAUGUCAUUUGAACAAAUGCUGUAUUUAUUGAUCUUAAUGUAUAACUACAGACUAUAAAUAGAAUUACUUUGCCAUAUUUUUAUCAGUUUAUAUUUCAGGUUCUUUAAAAUAGAAUGCAGUUUGAUGAAAUCUCUGUUUAUCUUAUUGAAAUUUGUAUUUCCUCUGUUUAUUCUUUUCUUCCCCACACCUCCAAGGUGGUUCUAUUUUUUCCCCACUUUAAAUCCACAGCCUUACUUGGCCCAGUUUCUUAUAUAGGUUAAUAAGUUCAUAAUACUUCUUAUAAAAUAACAAUAUUUCAUUUAUUAAGCACGUGAUAGUUUUUUAAAAAUGCUUUCCUCAUAAAACCCUCUGAGAUCAAUCGUGAAAGUAUUCCCUUUUUGCAAGAUUAAAGAACCAGUUUAUUAAUUGUCACAGUAAUGUCAGGGACAGUAUUUGAACUCUGGUAUCUAGCACUCGUGCUAUGGCAUCCGGCCUUCUGUACUUCUAUCAUUCCCAUAUACACUGGGGCUUCAUACUGCAACACACCUCUUAAAGGCAUUUACUAGACCAAGCUUAUAGGUUUUUUUGGUUACUAAACUAGAGGAAAGUGCACAAUGACUAGUGUUGUGCUUUCUUGUUGGUUAAAGUUCAUAAUUUACUCUUUUGGUUAAUUCAUUCGUUUUUACCCAGUCUGUACUUCAUUGUUGUUUGUAACAUUUUCCUAUCACAGACCCAUCUAAGUAAUGAUACAGUUUUAACAUCUGGGAGUUUUUUGUAAUAGUAUUUAACCUGUAUUACAAAGAUUGGUUUUUGUUUUUUUGGGGAUUGUGGGUUUUUGUUUUUUAGUAUACAGUAUUUUUCUGUACACAUAUUGGUAUAACACAUUUAGAAUUCUGAGCAGUGAAAGCUUCACUUGAGUUCUGUUCAAGUUCUGUUCAAGAUUUGGAGAAUUUGGGUGCCUACAUUUUGUUAAACUUGAUUGCUAAUAGCCAAAUAAAUUUUAUAAAAAUAUCUAUAAAGAGAGGAUUCUCCUACCCUAAAUUACUCAUUUUUUCCAUUCGAAUGUAUGACACUAGAAAAUUCUCAAGUGUCUUCAGUAGACAUUAGGAGUUGGAGAGUAGAAGAAAACACUCCUAUGAUAUUGAACUCAUAGAUUCAUUGGUGCUUAGGGAGAUGGACCACUUCAUAAUUGGAAAUUACUAUUAUUUUAUCCAUUAAAAAAAAAAAAGGCUGAAACUGUUUAUAUGUUACAGAGCAUGGAGCUUGCUUAAUUGCAAUAGCUUAUGAGAAUGUUUCACAAGUAAUUAAUAAACCUCAGAAAUGUUCAGGUGUGCAUAUGUAGAGAUGAGAUUUGACUAAUGCAUUCAUUUGUAUGUACAGCUGUGAAACAAAUUACUUUUAAAAAAGUUAUAGGGAAGACAUUGACAUGGAGUAAUUUUCUUUGCCUUAUGUUGUAAAAAAUAAGUAACUAAAAGUUAAAAAAAGUAAAAUUGUUACUAUAUCUGCUGUUUGUUUCAGAUUAUAUCUUCUGUUGUAAGAGGGUUAAUUAUAAUAGCUCCAUUCCUACUGCUGUUAUAUUGUCAGUGUUUUGAUUGUAAUUCAGUACUUGAUAUAUUCUGGAAUAGUUUGUAGUACUUCUUUUAGCUGCUAUAUGACAAAAUGUGUUGUUCUUUUGAAAGUGUGAUGCUUGUUUACAUUAUUACAAAAAAAGGUGGUUUUUAAAAAUCUUCUGAAGAGUCUUUUUAUGAGACAGAAGGCAAACUAAUAUAAAUUCUAAGUAAAAAUUCUCCAUUAUUCUUUUUUCCUACCUCAAAAAGGCCUUAUAGUUUAAAUUUGGAAAUGUUAAUAGAGAAACAUCUAGGCCAUUUGUUCCCGUUGACAUAUAAUCUAAUGACAGCACAUACAAAAUGAGUCUUCUGAGAGUUCAGAUCAGCUACCUUGAAUGCAGGCCAUUUUGACUUUAGAAGGUCAUGUCCCAAAUCAGUGGUAACUUUUCUCUCAAACUCAAAAAGCUCAUUUAAAUGAGGCUUUUUCGUCCAAUGGAAUGAUUUAGAGAUUGCUAAAAUCUCAUCAAGUACUUCCUGACUGGCUUUUUGAAUACCUGAUUCCAAGUGAACACCUUAUCUUUUGUUAAUGGUGUCAUAGGAUCAUAGUCCAACUCCCUCCUUUUACAGAGGAAGAGAGAAACCAAGGUCUAGGCCUUGUCAAAGGGUACACAGAUUAUAAACUACAUAUUUAGGAUUUUAUCUAAAGCCCUCCAACUCCUAAUUCAGUAUUCUUUCCCAUAGUCCAAAUCUAUUGCUCAAUAGCCUAAUGGUUUGUUUGCUUUUCCUUUCUAGCACUGAUUGAUUUCUGAUCCUUCGCCCAACUGCAUAGCUUCCUUAAUUCUGAUUAUUUCUGAUUUUGUCAAAUAAACCUACCUUCUUAC